AUGCAGAGCCCGCGCGAGAUCUCGUCCGAGCGCCAGGGCGCGCUCACGCCCGCCACGGCCCGCCUGGUGACCAAGCCGGCGGUCGAGCUGCCGGAGAGCGGGGCCACGCCGCGCACGCUGGACCCCGCGGCCGCGCGCCAACCCUGGGCCAACCUCAGCGUGGACACGGCUGUCAACGCGGACGAGGACGGCGCCGCCCACUUGCCAUUCGGAGCUGCCGGCGCCUCUACGACCAGCGCCGCGUCCUCGAUGCGCUCCGGAUCGGGAUCCAGCCAGGUGACGCUACCCGCGGGCCUGCUGCCCGAGCGCUACACGGCCGACCUGACGCACUGGCAGUCGCCCGCCGACCUGCCCGAGCGCCGCCUGAUGGUCCAACGCAUCAUCGCCAUGACGCGCAGCAAGCGCGUGGAUGCCGGCACCUGCGCCGACGCGCGCACGCCGUCGCUGGCCAAGCGGAUCGAGCUGUCGCUGUACUCGCGCGCGGCCUCGUUCCACGAGUACCGGGACCUGAACACACUGCGCCGCCGCCUGCAGUCGCUGGUGUCGCUGAGCUUCCACGAGGCCGCCGUGUCGCGCCGCCGCGCGGCCGCGCUCAUGUCGGGCCACGGAUCCGUCACUGCGGUGCCCCAGCUGGGCAAGCGCAAGUGCCGCUCCAUGACCCCGUUCGGUGUCUCCAGACUGAUGAUCAAGCGGCCGCGCGCCGAGUGCAUCGGCUCCACUUCAACGUGCACGCCGCGCACCACCGCCAGGAUGAACGAGGAGGCCGCGUUCUUCAUCAUGGACGAGGCCAUCCUCGGCCUAGUGUUCGCCUUCCUGCCGGGUGUCGAGACCAUUCGGUGUAUGCAGCUCAACCGCUUCGCGCGCCGCGUGCUGCCCCGCUGUGUGUUCACACUCGAGGUGGAGCUGCGCCAGUUACAGCUCGCCUACACGCUGCACGCCGCGGCGGUGCCGACGCAGCCGUCCGCCACUUUGCUGUGCCAGUUCCCGAACUUGACGAGCCUGACCGUCUUCAACUCGAUGAAACCGCUGUGUGACCAGCAAGAGGCCGGACCCGCACUGCACGCCUGGGGCUGCAGCGAGCUGGACAUCUCGCACGACAACGCCGGCGAGGAAGUGGUGCAGCAGCUUGCGGAGGGCAUCGAGCUCGGCGCCUGCCGACGACUCACCAGUCUCCGCCUCGUGUCGGUGUUCACCAACACGUGCCGCGGCAACGCGCUGCAUCUGCUGUGCGCGGCUCUUGUCAAGGGCUCGUGCCCCGACCUGGAGGACCUGCUGCUCGGAGGGAACGGCUUCUCGGACGUGGGCACGGUGGACGUCGCGUGGUUGCUCAAGGUCGGGUCGCUGCCCAAGCUGGCACGCCUGGACAUCCGCCGCAACUACAUCGGCGAGUCGGGCCUGAAGCGCAUCAUGGCUGCUCUACGCGCCGGUCGCUGCCAGCAGCUCAAGUACCUAUGCAUGGGCGGCAACAUCAUCACGGACAACUGCGUGGCGCCCGUCGUGGAGCUGCUCUCGAGCGCCAAGUGCCCGCAGAUGCGCUUCCUCGGCCUCGAGGACAACUUCCUGAGCGCCCGCGGCGUGCAGUGCAUCAUCCAGGCGGCGGUGGCCGGCGGCAUGAUGCCCAAGCUGCACCACGUCUCGUGCGACGGGACGCUCGGCAGUGACGACACCCAGAGUGCAGCCGGCGCCAUGUCGUACUUCAUCCCGCCCGUCAACUACGGCAUGAUCGAGGAGGACCUGUACCGCUCGGGCCAGCCGAACGAGCUCAACUUCCCCUUCCUGGAGCGGCUCAACCUGCGCACCAUUAUCUAUCUGGCGCUGGAGGAGCCCAACCCGCAGUUCCAGAGCUUCGUGGAGGAGCAGGAGAUCCAGCUCGUCUUCCUGGGCGGCAACACGCGCAUGGAGAGCCGCCGCAAGUCCUGGGAGCCGCUGUCCGAGGAGACGGUGCUCGCGGCGCUCGACAUCAUCCUGGACCGGUCCAACUACCCGCUCUACAUCACCUGCCACCUCGGCCGCGAUCGCACGGGCGCGGUGGUGGGUUGCCUUCGCAAGAUCCAGGGCUGGCACUUGUCGUCCAUCUUCGAGGAGUACCGGCGCUUCGCCGGCAGCAAGGUGCGGCUGCAGAACGAGCAGUUCAUCGAACUGUUCGACACGGACCUGGUGACGAUCCCCGUGAACCCUCCGUCGUGGCUCAGGAAACACCCGUGA